CCUUCAGAAAACAAGGAAACAUGAGCAUUUUGGCAAUUUGUUCAAUAAUAAUCUUCUUCCUCUUUUUGAUAUCAUAUAUCUGUGUCUACCACAACUUACUUCGCAAGUAUAACAGCCAACCAUUCAUGAUGGAUCAUUAUGUAAUUCUAGCCACUACCCAUUUGAAUUUGGGCCGGAAUUUUUUGUUCCCACGCUCCAACUUUCAGCAUUCACAAUGUGAUCGUUUGCCAAAUGGCGAAGAACUCAGUGUAAGGCGCUACGAAGGCGAAGGGUCAGAUGAAGGUGUGGAAUGUGCUGUGUGUCUGUGUAAGAUUGAAGAAGGUGAUGAGAUAAGAGAAUUGAGAUGUGAACACCUCUUUCACAGAGUCUGCCUAGACAGAUGGGUUGGAUCCAGGCACAUAACUUGUCCCCUGUGCCGGGAUUCACUGGGACCGCGAAGAAGAGCCACUCAGCUUGGAGAGGAAGUUCUGGUGUUCAAGUUCUGUUGUUUCGGUUCAAGGGACCGAGAAUUAUGGUGGCUGCGGUAAAUUAAAAUAUUGCACACAAAUACACUAUGCACUUAUAUAUAUAUA